AACAUCAUUUUGCUUAAUACAAGCAAACAAAAUCUCAUUUCUUCCUCAUUUUGAUGCUCCUUUUGUCUCUCACUCUUGCCUUGUUUUUUCUCUCCUUUUUCAUCUCCAAAGAAUUCCAAGAACUCAACUUUGGCUCCUAAAUUUUCAGUUUUUAGUGAGAUUUAAUCCAAGAAUUUUCAAGGGGUUAAUGUUAAUGUCAUUUCAAGACACUUUCUUGAAUUUUUAGAAGGAAGAAUGAACACAUUUGAGAAGAAUGGUUUAUUCUAAUCAAGUGAGCAUUGGAUGAAUUCCAGUUAUGGUUUUUCUAAGUGGUGGUGUCCCGUCCAACUUGCGUGCAAAUCGACUGGUUAAUUAGGAUACCAGUUAUCUCUUAUCAGUACAGGAUAUUGAAAACUGAUAAUUGAGCAAAGUUUAUUUGAUAUGGAGAAGAAGAGAUCAUCAAGAAAUCAACAACAGACAGAGAAGAGUCAGCUUAAUUGUAUGUGGGGAUUGAUCAGCAGCCUUUAUAUUGGUCAAAAUCAUAGGAAACAGAAGCUGCUUUCAAAUGGGAAAACUGCAGCUAAGAAUGUUAUAGGCAAGAAUCCAAGAAAGCUUGAUGCUUUAACUUACUUCAGUGACCAAAUUCAUGGCUUUGAGGAUGGAGCUGAAAUGGAAGCUUUAGGAGUUUGCACGGGUGAUAAAAGGAUGAAGAGUUUCAUUCAAGAAGAAAUUUCCGGUAGCAUGCAAAAGAAUACUCAAAUCAUAGCUAGAAAUGUGCAACAUAAAGAAGUAGAUUAUGGACUAUUUGAUCAUAUGAUAAGUAAAUACAAGCCAUCAUCAAAGAAGAGCCGAACGAAUCAAUCACCUUUAUACGGUUGGAAGGAUACUAAGACGGGGGAUUUUCAGCAGGCUUCUGGUUCAGCAGAAAUGUCGAUCAAUAAGUUAAACUUGGCAUCCCUAUUAGAAGCUAUUUGCAGUCAAAUUCAUGCAAGUAAUGAUCAACUUGAUGAGAUCAGUUUGCAGGUACUUCAGACGAGUGCCAAAGCAUUUAUCGAUAAGAUGUUCAUAGACAGGAAUUAUAUCAGCAAAGGUCGUGUGAAUUAUGAGCCUGAACAGUUCUCGGACGCAUUAGAGAUGUUAAAUUCAAAUGGAGAUUUGUUUCUGAAACUCUUACAAGAUCCUAAUUCACUUUUAGUAAAGCAAAUCCGAAGCUUGCAAAAUGUGCAAAUGGCCAGAGAUUCAGUCAAGUCCCUCAUGAGUAAUAAACUAUCAGAUGAUCAGAGUAGUGAUAAUGACAUUUGGAAGAGUGAACAGAAGCAUCAGCGAUCUGGGGACGCAUCCAAAGAAAGUUCCAGCCCCCGGCCUUCAAGUAAAAUAGUUGUUUUGAAGCCAAUUCCUAGAACUGUUCGAUGUUCUGAAAAUGUUGCCUGCCAUUGCUCGUCUAUGCAGUCUCAUCGUAGCUCAAGUAGUAAAGGGGAAAAUGUCAAGCGCACGAGCUUUUCUCUCAAAGAUAUUAAGAGGAAACUGAAGGAUGCAAUGGGAGAAAAAUGGAAAGAGAAGCAUUUGAGUUCAGUAGGAAGUACUUUACAUAGGCUUCAUAGCAUUAACGACAAGCAGAACUUAGGAGUUGAUAAUGAAGGGGGCAGAUCACGGCUUACUAUUGCAGGACCUGUUAACUCUUCCACCGAAUCAAACAUCAAGAACGAGGCAGAGAAUAAACAAGAAUCCACAUCAACUCACGCAGCUAAAGUCUCCCUUAUGAGUGAAAGAGUGCGUAAAAAAUUGGACGUGUCAACCAUAAGCUACACCAAGAAACGGGAACUGGAUAUAUCUAUGGAGGCAAAGAGACAUCUCUCUCAAAGAUUAAAUUAUGUCAAUACUACAAGUGAGGAUGUGAUGAGCAGACAACCAACAAGAACAUUGGAAAGGAUUCUUUCCUCGCCUGAACAUGAUCGUUUGUUCAACUAUAGCUCAAAACAGGACAGCGAAAGUAAUCCUGCACAAAUUAGGCCCAAUGAUACAACUAUAGUGGAACUUCCCGUUGAACCAGCCCUUACUGUUGUUCAAAGUCCUCAAAGAGACAAGUGUCACUGGCAUCUGAAUAGCUCAAUGGUGGAUUCACUUUCAGAAGUUUGGUCUCCUGGUUCUUCAACGGAUGUUUCGGCGUCGAGUCCAUCUAGCAUUUUCAAACUAAGGGUUGUUGACAACAAUAUGGACAGAGGAGAUCAUUCAAGUCCAGUGUCAGUCCUGGAACCAGUUUUUACUGAUGAUCUAGCCAGCCCUUCUGGAAAUCAACCAUCUGACACUGCAUUACAACCACGUCGUAUUAACUUUGAGGGAUGUUCGAACAAGGAAUUCCCUGAAAAUACCAUACUGAAUCGCGCUGAACCAGAUGCCCUUCGUAUUUAUAUUCAGUCAAGUUUGCAAACACUUCACUUGAACUGCGAAGAACUUUGGUUAAAUAGGCCUCUUUCAGAACAAAUGAUCACAGAACAAAUGAUCGAUGCAACGUUAUCUGAUGAACUGGAGACAUUAGCACUGCAAUGUGAUUCUGAACCUAAACUCCUGAUGGACUACACAAAUGAAGUUCUACUAGAAGCAUAUGAUUUUCAUUUCAGAUUUCCCCAAUGGCUAUCAUUCCUUCAGCCUAAAAUUUUGUCCUUUCCACCGGAAAAUUUUCUAGUGGAAAGUAUAAUGAAAGAAGUGAGACAACACCUUAUGCCAGUAAUGGAACAACUAACACUGAAUGACCAUGUUGAGAAAGCUUUGGCGAAAUCUGGUUCAUGGCUCGAUAUCAGAAACGACGCUGAAGAUAUUCUGACUCAAGUCACAGAUGAUGUUCUUGAAGAAUCAAUUAUGGAUAUUGUUGUCCAACUUUAUACCUCUUUCUUGUGUAGCUAAAUUUUGCUUCUUUUCCUUUUGUUUGUAAUGAGCAUUUGUACACCUUAGCUAGUAUCUGCUUGUUUAUUGCCACAGAACAUAACACAUUACUAUAUAGAGUUCUUAUGAAAAUGUUGUAAUGAGGAUUAUAGUUGAUGUAGUUAAAAUACCUUUGUCUUGAGAUCAAAA